AUGCGCAUCCAAGAGAGCUGCAUUGACCGCAAUUCCGAUACAGCCACGACAUCCAACACGCCCAGACGCAUCCUCGCCCCACCGUCACACGCGCCGACCACCAGCACCGCCACCACCAACACCACUGCUUCCUCUACAGCUGACACCGACACCGCCGACCUCUCAUGCCCACAUUGUCCACGCACCUUCACCUCACGCAUCGGCCUGAUGGGUCACUUGCGAAUUCAUCGCACAGAGACUGGCGAACCAGUGCCUGGAGCACCAACCUACACCCACCGCACUCGCCUCCACUGCCCACACUGCCCUCGCACCUUCACGUAUCGCAUGGGUCUAUUCGGCCACAUGCGCAUCCACGAAGACCUGCGGUAG